UUGCAGAAGGGUCAACCAGUGGCUGUAUUUAAGCAUCACACUGCUCCAAUUACAUCUGUGGAAUGGCAUCCAACUGACAGUUCAGUAUUUGCUGCAUCUGGUUUUGACAAUCAGUUAACAUUAUGGGAUUUGGCUGUGGAAAGAGGAGAUGAUGAAUCAGUAAAUGAUGUACAGCUCAAGAAUCUUCCUCCUCAACUUUUAUUUAUUCAUCAAGGCCAAAAAGAUGUAAAAGAAUUGCAUUGGCAUUCACAAAUGCCUGGAAUUGUGAUCAGUACAGCUCAAAAUGGUUUUAAUAUUUUCAGGACAAUUAGUGUAUAAAUGCAGCAUAUUGUUUAAUAAAUUUUUAUUUUA